GCCGCGGGGCGGAGGCGCUGGGCGCGGGUGCGGGUGCGGGCGUGGGCGCCGACGGCUGGCUCGCGGUAGGGAUGCCCGGGGCCGGAGCCCGGGCGGAAGAAGGCGAGAGCGGCGGCGGCGAGGGCGCGGCGCAGGGGGCGGCCGCGGAGCCCGGGGCGGGUCCCGCGCGGGAGCCAGCGCGGCUGUGCGGCUACCUGCAGAAGCUGUCGGGCAAGGGCCCGCUGCGUGGCUACCGCAGCCGCUGGUUCGUGUUCGACGCGCGCCGCUGCUACCUCUACUACUUCAAGAGCCCGCAGGACGCGCUGCCCCUCGGCCACCUGGACAUCGCGGACGCCUGCUUCAGCUACCAGGGCCCCGACGAGGCGGCGGAGACGGGCGCGGAGCCGCCCGCGCACUUCCAGGUGCACACCGCGGGAGCCGUCACAGUGCUCAAGGCUCCCAAUCGCCAACUCAUGACUUACUGGUUGCAGGAGCUUCAGCAGAAGAGAUGGGAAUAUUGUAACAGUCUUGACAUGGUCAAGUGGGACAGCAGGACCUCUCCAACUCCUGGGGAUUUUCCUAAGGGUCUUGUAGCCAGAGAUAACACCGAUUUAAUUUACCCACACCCAAAUGCUUCUGCAGAAAAAGCCAGAAAUGUCCUGGCUGUGGAGACUGUGCCUGGAGAGCUGGUGGGAGAACAAGCUGCAAAUCAGCCGGCCCCAGGGCAUCCAAAUUCCAUUAAUUUUUACUCUUUGAAACAGUGGGGCAAUGAGCUCAAAAAUUCAAUGUCUUCUUUCCGUCCUGGGAGGGGCCAUAAUGAUAGUCGGAGGACUGUGUUUUAUACCAAUGAAGAGUGGGAACUUUUAGACCCAACCCCUAAGGACCUAGAGGAGUCCGUAGCGCAGGAGGAAAAGAAGAAGCCGACCCCUGAAGGAAACAAAGGAGUAGCUGGCUCAGGGUUCCCCUUUGAUUUUGGACGUAACCCUUACAAAGGAAAGCGCCCUCUGAAAGACAUAAUUGGGUCGUACAGAAAUCGUCACAGCAGUGGUGAUCCUUCAAGUGAAGGCACACCAGCCAGUGGCAGUGGCAGCAUCAGCGUCAGGAAGCCAGCCUCCGAAAUGCAACUGCAGGCCCAGAGCCAGCAGGAAGAGCUGGAACGGUUAAAGAAAGACCUAUCCAGUCAGAAGGAGCUUGUUCGGCUGCUCCAGCAGACAGUCCGGUCAUCCCAGUAUGACAAGUAUUUCACUAGCAGCCGGCUCUGCGACGGGGUCCCAAAGGACACGCUUGAGCUUCUGUACCAAAAGGAUGAUCAGAUUCUGGGCCUCACCAGCCAGCUGGAGAGGUUCAACCUGGAGAAGGAGAGUCUUCAGCAGGAAGUGAGGACGCUGAAGAGCAAAGUGGGCGAGCUCAACGAGCAGCUGGGGAUGCUGAUGGAGACCAUCCAAGCCAAGGAUGAGGUCAUCAUCAAGCUCAGCGAGGGCGAUGGCAGCGGGCCUCUGACCAUGGCACCCGGCUCCCCUUCCACUGCGCCUGUUGGCAGGGACCAGCUGGAACUGGACAGGCUGAAAGAUAAUCUACAAGGGUACAAAACCCAAAACAAAUUUCUAAAUAAGGAGAUUUUGGAACUCUCAGCUCUACGAAGAAAUGCAGAAAGGAGAGAGAGAGAUCUCAUGGCGAAGUAUUCUAGCCUGGAAGCCAAGCUCUGCCAGAUAGAAAGUAAAUACCUGAUAUUGCUCCAAGAAAUGAAGACACCAGUAUGCUCAGAAGACCAGGGACCCACCCGGGAGGUCAUAGCCCAGUUGCUGGAGGACGCACUGCAGGUUGAGAGCCAAGAACAGCCAGAGCAAGCAUUUGUGAAACCUCAUCUUGUCAGUGAAUAUGAUAUUUAUGGGUUCAGGACUGUACCUGAGGAUGAUGAGGAAGAGAAGUUGGUUGCCAAGGUCCGUGCAUUGGACCUGAAGACCCUCUACCUGACAGAAAACCAGGAAGUCUCCACUGGGGUCAAGUGGGAAAACUAUUUUGCGAGCACAGUGAACAGGGAGAUGAUGUGCUCUCCAGAAUUAAAAAACCUGAUCCGUGCGGGCAUUCCCCACGAGCACCGUUCCAAGGUAUGGAAGUGGUGUGUGGACCGUCACACCAGGAAGUUCAAGGCCAACACUGGGCCUGGCCACUUCCAGACGUUGCUGCAGAAGGCGCUGGAGAAACAGAACCCGGCCUCCAAGCAGAUUGAGCUGGAUUUGCUGCGAACUCUGCCCAAUAACAAACAUUACUCCUGCCCCACCUCAGAAGGCAUACAGAAGUUACGCAACGUCCUCCUCGCCUUCUCCUGGCGGAAUCCAGAUAUUGGGUACUGCCAAGGCCUAAACAGGUUGGUGGCAGUGGCCCUCCUGUACCUGGAACAAGAAGACGCUUUCUGGUGUCUCGUUACCAUAGUGGAAGUUUUCAUGCCUCGAGACUAUUACACAAAGACUCUUUUAGGAUCACAGGUGGACCAGCGGGUGUUCAGAGACCUCAUGAGUGAGAAGCUGCCUCGGUUGCAUGCCCACUUUGAACAGUACAAAGUUGACUACACGCUCAUCACUUUCAACUGGUUUCUGGUGGUGUUUGUGGAUAGUGUCGUUAGUGACAUCCUCUUUAAAAUAUGGGACUCUUUCCUUUAUGAGGGACCAAAGGUUAUUUUCCGUUUUGCCCUGGCACUUUUUAAGUACAAGGAAGAGGAGAUCUUGAAACUGCAGGAUUCGAUGUCCAUAUUCAAAUAUCUCCGCUCCUUCACUCGCACCGUCCUCGAUGCUAGGAAGCUGAUCGGUAUCUCCUUUGGGGACCUGAACCCCUUCCCCCUACGCCAGAUCCGGAACCGACGUGCCUACCACUUGGAGAAGGUCCGGCUGGAGCUGACCGAGCUGGAGGCCAUCCGCGAGGACUUCCUGCGUGAGCGGGACACCAGCCCUGACAAGGGUGAGCUGGUCAGCGAUGAGGAGGAAGAUACCUGACCUUCUCCACCUGAGUGGGUCCCUGGACGCUGUUCUUCCUGCCUUCAAACCAAAGUAUGCCCAAAGGGCGAAAACACGCUUAAAAGCCAGAAUGUAAUGUGUGUGGCCUCUGGGAUCUGCUGGGCAGAUGUCCAAAGCCAGACUGCACUUCCUCACCUCCCACUGCAUGGGGGCAGGGCUGGGAGGUCCGAUCUGUUUACAGCCAUCUCCACGCCACGGCUUCUGGUUACAUGUAUCCCAGUCAUGUUUCUGCCUGAUUACUGGCGGGACGUCGGGCUUACCAGUGCUGUGUGCAAGAGCCUCUGUCAGCCUGGCAGUGCCCUGACCCUCUGAAACCUUGCUUUGCUGGGCAUCUCCCCUUGUUCUCUCUCCUGCACACAGUGGGCAGUUGUGUGUGGUUUUGAAUGGCAGUGCUGUGAAGGAUGCCCACUGUGCUUCAGGCACCUGUAGGCCAGAGGGUGGCUGCCUCAGGCAUAAGGUUUGGUAUGAAAAUGAACUGUCGUAGAAAAGCAGGCACAUCCCUUGUUCAGAAACGGCCACUGUAGAAAGCCCGUGAACCUUCUGCCGGUGGCUUUAAGCUGCCAGCCAUGCCCCAUUUCUAGAAUAGCCUUUGCCCUGGCUAUCCAGACACCCACCUCACUUCUCACGGCCAGCCUGGGUUUGUACAUUGCUGGGCUGCUCUGUCCCCAGCUUGCUGUGUCUGGCAUGGCUCUGUGAGGUUCUGUGGAAUGCCCUCUUGACUCACAUUCACCAGGUAUGGUGAGGUGCAAUUCCAGGUAAAUGGUGGACCAUCACAUUGCAAAGCAGGCCCACCCCUGGGCUCCCUGGGCUGGCCUUGGUUGAGGGGAAGGAUGAAUCUUUUUGAGGGUGCUUUGCAGGGCAGUGGUGCAGCUGCAGUAUGAACGCUCUUGGACAGCUGAAAAGCUUGGCCUCCUUGGGGAUGGCCAGUGCUUCCGUGUCUGCUCCUCCUGACUGGGUUCUGCAGGAGGCCAGCUGCCAGCGCUGGGGCUGGGAAACUCCUGCGCUUGGGGCCCAGGCUUGGGGAGCUCUCCCAGAUGUGGGCCCUCCCCACCAUUGCCUAGAGGCAUCUUGUUCUCUGCAAGGAUGCAGGGUCACUGUUGCCUCUGGCAGUUUCUGGGAACUCGGAGGACUGCCUUUCUGAAGGCUGGAGAAGGUUUUGAGCAAGGAGCUUACUUCUGUUCAGUCCCUCUAGACCAUCCCUGAUACGCAGAUGUGACAGGGUGUUUUCCGGCACAGUCUUAUUAAAAUACGAGAGAAGCGAUCUCCGUGGAAUGUUUCACAUUACCUGAAAAAAA